GUUGUCUUGAAUAAAGUUGGCCUUUUCCAGCAAUGCUACCGUACGGUAAAAUUUAUUGUGGUAAAAAAAAGGUGGAGGCGGGGCAACUUUCAGAUGAAAUGUGGCUUUGCCUUUUACAUUAUCGUCGUACCUAGGAAGUCGUUUGAAUUGAAACGUUCUUUUUAUCUUGCGUCAGCUUUUGUGCAUUCCCUGUGAAAUAGCGCGGACGGAUCACGCUUGCUUGAAUAAGCCUAUUAUGUAUAAUGGCCGUAUCGAAUGCUCCGGCAAUAUCCGAUCCAGUACCGGAAACAACGAAGUAGAGAUAGAAAAGGCUGCCUCGGCAUCCUAGUUAGCAUUCAAAAGUAGCAAAAUCUAAAUGACGCAAAUGAUCUGGCGAUCAUAUCCACUCGUAGGGAAUCGAGGGAAAUCGGAGAAAAGUUAGUCUAUUUACGGUAAACUCGUAUAUCUGUGCUUGAAGCUUGCAUUUUCAUUGCUCAGGGCACGGUGGGGCGCGAACUCUCGAUGAUCCAUCAAGCCGGGACAUUGAACAGGAAACCAUAGUCGGUGCUAUACGCUCAAACGUUGUUCAUAUAUCACUCUCGUUGAGUGCAGUUUGAUCUACCGGCAUACAAGCGCGCAAAGGUGAUCACACUAACAACGAAACGACCAUUUCUCUCGGCCAUCGAAUCCGAGAGACGGGAAAGGGCGCCUUUUUCUCUCUUUUUUCAAUCGCAGCAGAUUUUAGCAUGUUCGUAUUCGUCUCCUGCCGCCGUCGCCUCUGUGGUUAUUGCAGGGCUAACUCAGCUGAGCGUCGGAUCACUCACGCUGCUCGCUUGGAGCACCGAAGAUAUGGGAAAGGGUAGAUUGUUUUGGUGUCUCUAUCUGGCUGUGUCUCCGCGUAGAAGUCAUGUGUAUGGUGUAGUGGCAGCCGUGGCGGUUCGAUUACGACUGCCGACGAAACCGCUGCCGAUAGUAGGACCGAGGGCGACAGUGUGGCACUCGCCGCUAAUAGACUUUGCACGGCGGUGACGACGACGGCCACUAGAAUCAACAUAGGUCGCUCGCUGACGCAAAGCUGGUCAUUGUCGAUAAUCAGUAGAAAGCAACUGAGCUGGCUCUCACAGCGAUUGGGCGGUUCGUUGUUCCCGUGCGAUUCCAAACAUUGGGUCGUCAACUAAUUCUUGACUGUGGAGUUUUCUCUGAGGUACGAUUCGGUCUCCUCUUUCGUGUUGCUAAAAUUACGGUUUGUGUGUAUGUACCCUGAGCUGGGGUGCAACCCCAGUUGCAGUAUGGUAAUAAUGAACAAUAGUAGAAUAAUGCUUCUCUUGACAAUGACCUUAAUGCACUUCACCGAGCUCCAAAUACCCCAGAGGAACUUAACCACUCGUCAACGAUAGUGUUGCUUGAGCCCCGAAUGACACCUGCACAAGCGAAUCCGUCAGGCUGUCAAAACGCAAGUGUCGACACGACAAUUUCAGUUGGGGUUUAGCCAACUCUAGACAGAUCCGUUGCUUAUACAGACUAAUGGGACGUAACGGCGACGGCACAUAACCAAAAUUUCGAGUAGCCGUUGCUACUAAGCAGUUAGUACACGGAAGGAAACUUACUGAGUUCACGGAUGCAACCUCACGAUUAAAUUCAGUGUUAUAAUACAGUGUUACAACACUAACAGUGUUAAUAUCAUCCGUGGUCCGACAACUGCUUCGUUCUUCAAUAUAACCGAUCGCGAAAUUUUCUCCAUCCCUAAAUGGUGUUGUGAAACAAAAACAAAAUCAGGACCACCGAAGAGUCCGUUGCAGGCGAUACAUCUUCAGACAGUUGAGGUCUGAUGGUCCUUUUGCUUUACCGUGUUGUUGCUGCCGAUACUCACGCAUGGGAAUCGCUGAGCGCAUGAUGAGACAAAAGAGCGGGUAGCGCCGCUUUUGUCCGACGUCUACUCUAUUUUUGCUAUAGGAAACGUGUGUCACACAGCUACAGAUUUCGACGCGAAUAUUCUGAAGCGAACAAAUUUAGCCUCGAUGUCUCCCGUUGGCGGGCAGUUGAUUUUUCACAGCUCAGCUGAUUACCGGCUGGUUUGUUGUCAUAUCUCCGUUAUGAUUAGAGAUCGUUGCGGCCGUAGUCAAUUCUACUCAUGCAGUGGACAGACGCAAGUCACGACAGUGUUGCGUUUGUUUCCGAGGUGCAUUCUUAUGGAAUCCUAGUUACUGGAUAAUUUAUAGACCGAAGAGGCGACGAAAUCGCUGAUUAGACUGACGGCCGCAGUAAACGAUUCGGUCAGUAAAACUGGCUAGUCGGGUCAACGUGAGACUUCAGGAGACCGACAGGAAUCACUCUUCGAGCUUCAAGUUUCUCUGCGCGCCUUCCGGAUGAGGCUCCCACUAGAACGAUUACCUGUAUUAUCGGCAGCUUCCAAAAGCUGCAACAUGGACACUGCCCUUGAGCGGAUCCGUAGCGGAUGUCUUUGUAAUGAGGAAGCAACCAUUCUACAGGCGAUCCUACUAUCGGUGCAAGAACCAUCUUCCUCUGGCCCGGAGACCUACCUCCAGUCGCUGCAUCUGUGGACUAAAUUGUGUGAAGUUGUUGCCGAACGUUGCCUUUACGGGGUACCCGUUUGUCGAGCAGCACUCGCUCUUAUCAAACAGCUUGAUGCAAAAGUGCUCCUUGCCACGUUUCAACGGUCAGAACCGAUCGAUAUCCAGUAUCGCUAUCGAGAAUAUGCCGUCGUCCGAACAGUGGCGUGUCAGGCACUCCUCUGUGAAAAACUGCUCAAACACGUCCUCGAUACUAUGUCCCGUAUGCGCCUUUGCAUACGGAGCGGAUUUCUAAAGGUUUUCCUUGAAUUGUUGGCAUGGAAACGACCGUUGAGUGAAAGCUUGUUUCCUUCCCACGUCAGUCAGAAGUGCGACGGUUCACGCAGUGGACGGCAGGACUAUCCGCAGCCUGGCCAAUGGCUCGGUCCAUUGCGCAGUCGAAUCGAACUCGUCAAAGCUGUUCACGCGAUAGCCUCAGAUUGUUGGAAGAUUUUAGCUCUCGCAGACAAAGGAGAUGUUGAUGAUUUCCUCUUUACGUUGGUGUACAUGGCACCCGAACAAGUCCGGAUCACGCCCGAUUACCAAGUACUCAUAUAUCUGCUAGAGGAGACGGACAAAGGCAUUGUCCUAAAAGUUCUCUGCCUACUCGAUCAUGAGCUUUCAGGCAUACUAACAGCGACGACUGGGCCAGAUUUUCGAAGAUGUGCCGCUGAACUCUACUCGUUGGCGGUCAACAUUUUGAUGAUGUGUAGUGUGACCGAUUGCCACUGGCAGCAAAUAGAGGACUUUCUCGAGCUGCAGGAGGUUGAAGACUCGUGCCUUUUAGCGACGAACAGUUUGGCAUUACUACGUCGAAAACUGGUGCUGCUCUUCAAAGCUGUCUGCGUUAGUCCAGAUGUGGCACUUCCUGUUGACAAGUAUCGUCUCAAUCUAUACCUUGACGAAAUCCUUUACCUGAUGAGUGGACAGGAUGACCUCCUUAUUCAGUUCCUAUUAUCAAAUUUAUUUAGUUAUCUGUACAAUGAGCGGGAGUUAUUGAAUCCACAUAAGGUCUUUUUGAGGUACAUGGGUAUGCAGAAUUUUUCCGAACAGGAACUCAUGGAUCAAUUGAUGGCUAGCGUCGAAAUGCUAGUCUAUCUUGUCAAAUACUUCAAGCUCGUGGCGGUUGAAUGGGCCCGCUUCGUCGCUACCAUUGCUGAGGUUAGCGGUACAAAAAAGCGACGUGUAAACGAUGAGCCCGGUCCAUCAACGAGCAGUUCGGCAACUGGUGAUGAAUGCGACCCCGUCGAACGUGUUAUGGCGACGCUAAUACGCCUCAACCUGCUACUUCAGCGACUGAAUAGCUCGAGUCUUCUGCCGUUUGAUGCGGAGCCACUACUUAAGUUACUAGAUUCAAUAGAAGCCCUAUACGAAACGCAGGGCGACAGCUGCAGGCUCAAGGAUCAAUCUAGAAAUACUUCAAAUGCUGGUCAACUUUCAGAACUUCUUGCAGGGGCGAAAGAGAAAACUAAGCCAAUAGUUCCAGCGAGGUUAGUUUUGUCCGUCCGAACUGACAUGGAAGUGGCAAGCAGUUCCUCGCAGGGUGCCCCGAUCUCCGGGCCCUCUGACGAAGUCGUUAUAUUAGGAGCAUCCCAAAGUCAAGAUAGUAGCAAUGACAGUAGCAGUUCCUAAAUUGAUUAAAAUAGAAAAAAUAGGUAUAUAGCAAAUGAAAUAAACCUCGUUACUUAAUAGAAUCCUGAAAAGGACUACAUUUUUUGCGCAAUCAGUAUUAAUGCUGAGUGGCUUCUUCACAAGAAGUUGCAGACAAGCCUUAACAGUGUCUGAUUCGCAAGGCUCAAAUCUAGGCUCGAAUAGGCUGGGGCAGGGUUGAAUCGCCAAUUGUUGUGGACAAAGGCAUUUUCAUAUGAAGCCCUGUACACCAAAGGUAUAAGUUUCUCUGGAGAUCCUGCAAUAUUUUCAAAAUAAUCGUUGAACUGCGAUUUUUAAUUUAAAGGCAAAAAUUGCUGAGUCAGAAAGCGCAUUUUUGCAGUAAUGAAUGUACAUGACAAAAAAUAGGUUUGAUUUUAUGCUGUAACUUUCAAUGCAAGGAAUUCGUGAUACGGCAAUCGUGUUUCUAACGAACGGUCAGUUUUGCUAUUUUUGUCGCUCAUGAGAAAAAUGUGUCUGUAACGCCUAGUGAGAGAAGGUUAGACGGUGUAAACAAUGGCGGAAAGCUUAAUAUCGCGUCAUAAUUUCGUAAAACCCUAGGAGGGACGGAAACCCGAGUUUUUGUGAAAGCAAGGCAGAAAUCACUGUGAGAUAUUUAUUACAGAGAAUAUUAAUCGUCUUUAGUCACAGCUGGUCAGAACAGAGUAGAGGAGCAAGCUAUAUAGAGGAAAGUCAUAUGCUCGAAGUACUAACAAUCGAAACAAACUGUAAAGUUGAAGUUGAGCGAAUAUGUUGAUCGAUCUAAUUCGAACUAUCGAUGCAGCGGUGAGCAGCUCAAUUGGAUUUCAACGGAUGCUCCUAUAGACCGAAACACCCAUCAUAUGAAUAGCGUGGUGACAAGAUACAGUCGACACACAAUGUUGCAACGAAGUUAACUAAUGUAGUCCUGUGUAAAAACGAACACUAUACAGAUACGUUUGUGACUUUUAAUGAACCGGUUAAACGGCGGCUGACGGUUUCUAUUGAUCAACUGACUCGGUCGUCACUCAACGAUUGUAUAUAUGUAUGUAUAAACUGUAAUACAAUGAACAAAGGACAGGAACGUCAGGACGACUUGUAUCGGCCUAAUAGGUAAUAACAAGGACAUUUUAGUAGCGAAAAAUAAAAAAUAAUUUAUUUUGGUUACUUCAAUCAUCUAAUUGGUUGACACUUAUACUCGUUCUCAAUCUUGAUCAUAAAGAGUAUAAUAGUAUCAUAGAUUUAAACCGAUUUCAGAAUGGAGCCAUCUCGAGAGAUUUUAUUUAGAAUAAAAAGACGAAAAUGUAAAUUGCUGAACCGCCAUCGAUCUGUUAUCGAAGAUGGCUUUGCUCGAUUCACUGUGUUCCAACUCGGUGAAUUAUGUUUUUCCAGUCUUUUUCUAUUAAUACUACGACGACAAGUAUCCUAUUAUAAGGCAGCAAAACGACUACACUAGAUAUACGUAAAUUAUCAUUGGUGUUAUUUUUAUAUUCGAUAUGUCCUUUUCUACACAAACCGGUCGUAUACACACCUCAUUUUCUCUUAAAACAUCUCUCUCUCUAACAGGAAAAUGGUUUAUUUAAUCAUUUUUUAAUAAUACCUGACAAGUGAUCAACGAGCUCCACACGCACGGCGCUGACAACACAAAACAACUCCGGAUAGUUCGGCUACUAGUGAGAAAAUUGUUAUACUACAUUACUUCAUUCUGUUACUGCUUGACAAUAUCAAUGAUAUUAUAUAGAGACGUAGUAAAUAUAUAUGCAUUUUGGUUAUAACGCAAAGCUGCCACAGACAUCUAUUUAACCUAUACCAUACAAGAGAAAGUUAAAACAUUACUUUGAUCAUCGUUUAACGAUGCACCGGAAGGUUGUCGAUCGCUCAUGUGUCACGAUAUACCACGUCGCGCUAGCGGACAAAAUUUGAUUAGUCAGAAAAGUUUUGUUUAAUCUGAAAAACGAGCGCUUAACAAUCCAGUUUUUGUCCCUUCAGCGUUUGUCGAAGGUUACAGAAUGAUAAUUUAAAAUAUUGGAAACGUUAUGACUAGGUAAAUAAUGCAUCCUUUGUGAGUAGACUUUGGGCCAGACGGAAAUACGUAUGACGCAUUCCACGUGCGAUUUAGAUCAACAUAGGAAUCCGUCUGGAGCAUACGGUUGCCAUGUACGGGGCACUGUUAUGUUCGUAGUGCCAUACUAAAGAGAGGCCAGGCGAGCGAAUGCCACCAUCCUGGAGCAAAGUCCAAUUCGGUAUUAGUCUGAAGUACGAUGAUGGCAAUACUUGCAAUGGACAUUAAAGGCAUCUGCUACUACUGAGAUACUCAUGGACCACAAGCACGGCCAUCAAAAACCUGCAGUCUGGUCAAUUGAUGACGACGCCAGAUCUAAUCGCCAUCUCUCAGUUACUUCCUAAAAUAGCCCUCGUUUGACUUCAAUCCGCUUGUUCUCCCAAUCGAAGUCCGUCUGACUACGAAGUUUCUAUGCCCUAUAAAGCGCAACUUGUGGCCAAGUAUGUCCUAUUAUCGCUUUACUUCGAGAAGCAGUGAACAAAGAAGUUACAUAUAGAGUGGUAGGUAUAUGGCCGUCCGGGAGCUGGCAAAGUGGUGGGACAAUUGUAUAACAAAGGAGAGUACCUCUAACACAUGGAAAAUCAUGAUUCUAGCCCAAUUGGUUUUAUUUAUCUAAUUUCGAAGUGUGGCGGACUUGUUUGUAACAGCAAAUCAGCUAUCUGUCUAUAUAUAUAUAUGUGUGUGUAUCGUCGUAUAGCUGAAACGUUUUUACUCGGUUAACUUGUCAUUGGCAAAUUAAGAUUUGUGAUUCCUUUAAAUCUAUAGCAUAGAUCGAUUGUACGUAGCAAUACAGUAUCAACAUGUAAAGAUUACCACAGCAUUUCGCCAAGUUGCGUUAAUUCAUACAACAUUUUACAACAAGGAUAUGUUUCUGUUUAUUACUCACUAUCUGAAGCUGGGUCUCUUCUAACUGAUAUCAGCUAGUGCAUCUUUUAUUGGUUUACACUUAUAUACAUAGACGGAUUUUGGCAAUACGCUCAAUUGAAGACAUCGUAGAUUAACAUAAAUUUAGUUUCGUUCAUUCGUAUACAAGUAGCUUGGCUUCCACCAUCCGAGAUUGAGGAUCCUGGUGGAAGUCGAGUCCUCAAUGCACGGUUUCUAUAUACUGUAGAUGUAUAAAAUAUAUAAUUCUACAUACAUGAAU